CCAAUAUCUAUGUGUUUAAAUAAAUAGUUUAGUGUGAGAAAACGUAAUCGUUUGAUUGGCGACAAAACAAUUUACCAUCACGCCAAAUAGUUCAUGUACGAGGAACUAGCAUCUUUAGAUCAUUAAAACACAUCGGCGGUAUACUCAAAUCAAUAACAUACAAUGCCACUAUUUUAUUGUAACAAAGAUCCCAUAUAGGUUACUAUUUUGCCUUGACCAUAAACAUUAUAGAUAUAUAACUAUUCGUCAACAAUAGUUUCAUGUCUAUUUAUAUUCUACACAUAGAUAAUGACUUCUGCAAGUGGCAGUUAUUGGUUUCAGCGAACUAUCACUUUGAAAAAGCGAUCACGUGGAUGUCAUUAUGUUACAGAUGAGAUUAGAAAAGCUUUGCCAGAAAUUGGACAACUACAAAUGGGUAUUUUACAUCUUUUUAUUCAGCAUACAUCGGCUACUCUAACAAUUAAUGAAAGUUGGGAUCCAUCUGUUACAACCGAUAUGGAAAUGGUUCUAAAUCAUCUUGUACCUGAGUCACUUAAAUACAAACACACUUGUGAAGGUGCUGAUGACAUGCCUGCACAUGCAAAACAAGCAUUACUUGGUGGACCGAGUAUUACCAUACCUAUUACAAAUGGUCAGUUAGCCUUAGGUACUUGGCAAGGAAUAUGGCUUUGUGAACAUCGAAACUCUGGUUCUUCGCGUCAAGUAGUGGCCACAAUACAAGGAUGCUUGCGAUAA